CAAGAAGCGCACACAGGAGAUGGCGACGGUGACCACCGGCCUCGUGGCCGCGGCGUCGCUCCUCCUGCUGCUCGCGGGAGGCGCGUCGGCGGCGACGCUGGCGCUGUACAACAAGUGCGGCGAGACGGUGUGGCCGGGCAUCCAGCCGGGGGCCGGCAAGGAGAUCCUGGCCCGCGGCGGGCUGCAGCUGCUCCCCAACCGCGCCACCUCCAUCCGCCUCCCGGCCGGCUGGUCGGGCCGCGUGUGGGGCCGGCAGGGGUGCCGCUUCGACGCGGCGGGCCGCGGCAAGUGCGCCACGGGCGACUGCGGCGGCGCCCUCUACUGCAACGGCGCCGGCGGCGAGCCCCCGGCCACGCUGGCGGAGAUCACGCUUGGCGCGUCGGCCUCCGCGCUCGACUUCUACGACGUGAGCCUGGUGGACGGCUACAACGUGGCCAUCGACAUGCGGCCCUACCACGGGUCCGGCGCCAACUGCCUCCCCGCCGGCUGCGUCAGCGACCUCAACAGCGUCUGCCCCGCCGGGCUCGCCGUCCGCGGCGGCAACAGGGUCGUGGGCUGCCGCAGCGCAUGCGCCGCGUUCGGGAGCGCCGAGUACUGCUGCACGGGGCAGUUCGGCGGGCCGCAGCAGUGCAAGCCGACGACCUACUCGCGGCUCUUCAAGCGGGCCUGCCCCAAGGCGUACUCCUACGCGUACGACGACAAGACCUCCAUCCUCACCUGCGCCGCCGGCACCUCCUACGUCGUCACCUUCUGCCCCCACCGCCGCUAGACCAUGCCACCGCCACGGAUCUAGACCUGAAGACAGUGGUAGUAUGUUGUUGUUUCAGUUGAGCCGGUGCUCGGUGCAUGGCAUUGUUGCGGCGUUGUUCUUUGGUUCUUGCUGUCGUUGCGUCCUGUGUUAGUGCCGGGAUCGAUAAUAACAAUAGUGGUAGUGGUAGUGGCAGUGAAGUGAACCAGUGAUGGUUCGUGGUAGGCCUGGAUGGAUGGGUAUAAUAGUAUGGUAGUAUAAUGGCAGUAUAUGCAGAUCGAACUACUUAUAUUUUUCA